AUGGCUACCAAGGAUGGCGAUGAAGUCCGUCUGUCUCAUGAUCUCUCAGAAGGUGAGGUAAAAGCCACUCAGAAGAGAAAAGAAAAAGUACUCAUGUGUCUGAAGAACCUUGGGAUUCACUGUGAUCAGAAUAACGUGCCUAAUAUUGUUGUUCUGGGAUCAGGCGGAGGCUUGCGUGCCUUGAUAGCUUUUCUAGGAACCUUGGUUGAGCUGAAGAAACAGAAUUUCUUGGAUGCCGUCAUGUAUCUGUGUGGGGUGUCGGGAUCUACUUGGUGCAUGUCACUCCUGUAUGGAGAUGGGAAAUGGUCAGAAAAUUUGAUGUCCUUGGAAAAGGAACUGUGCAAAAACCUCAGUACUGUCUCCUGGCAUAUUGCAAAAGCAGAAGAAUCCUUGGAGGAGUCAUCAAAAGAUGAACAUUACUCACUCACUGACUUCUGGGCAUCCUGUUUUGUGUACAAAAUACUACAGCAGUUUGAUGAGAAUGAGCUGGCUGACCACAAGGAUGCCUCAGAGACUGGAAUAAACCCUUACCCAAUUUAUGCAGCAGUGGAUAAGGAAACACUGAGGAAAGAAGGUGAAAACUCUCCAGGGACCUGGUUUGAAUUCACUCCACAUGAGGCUGGAUAUACUACCUUGGGUGCUUUUGUGAGUACCAAACACUUUGGAAGUGAAUUUGAGAAUGGUAAACUGAAGAAAAAGGGGAAGAAGAAACACAUUUGUUACAUGCAAGGCCUAUGGGGGAGUGCUCUUGGAAGCAUGGAAGAAAAUCUGAAGUUUAUACGAGGUUAUUACUCCACACUGCUCCUCAUCAAGGGCACUAAGGAAACUUCCCAAGUGAGACCUGAAUUGUCAGGCAUGACUACAUCUGGUGAGGGUUGUGAAAGGCAACAGGAAGGGCUUCCACAGUGUAUCUCGGAGAAGAAAGUAUUCCAGGAAGACUCUUUCAUUCAUCCUGUCAAUACCUUCCAGGUGAUGUCUUUGAUUGAUGCUGGCCUGGCAAUAAAUUCUGGCUAUCCUCUGGUCCUUCGAGCACAGCGGCGAACAGAUCUGAUCAUUUCCUUCGAUUUCAGCUCUGGAGAUCCAUUUGAGACUAUCAAGAAAACAGCUGCAUACUGCAGGAAGAACAGUAUCCCAUUUCCCAAGAUAGAGGAUCAGGAAAUGGAUGAGAACAACCCUUCUGAUUGCUAUGUCUUCCGAGGAGACAAGUCAUGCCCUACAGUCAUGCACUUUCCACUCUUCAACACCGUGAAUUGUUCUGGGGCAGCAGGAUCUUAG